AUGGAGUUCAGGCAGUGGACAACCAGUGCUCAGUUCCACAGGAGCUACAACUCAGACUGGGAAACAUGGGUCUGAAGAUGCUUGAGUCCCGACUUUGUCUCCUGCUGCUGCUGGGACUUGUCCUACUGCUUGCCUCAUGCCAGCCACCAACCCCUUCCCAGUGGUUUGCAAUUCAGCACAUCUAUAAUAGUGCCUACCGCCAAUGUAAUCCUGCAAUGCUGAUGGUUAACAGUUAUAAAAAAAGAUGUAAAAACAUCAAUACUUUUCUUAAUACAACUUUUGCUGAUGUGGUUCAUGUGUGUGGCAAUCCAAAUGGCACCUGCAAAAACCAGAGAGCUACAAAUUGUCAUAAUAGUACAUCUCAAGUACCUAUAAUGUUCUGUAACCUCACAUUUCCAUCAAGGAAUUAUACCCUAUGCAGAUACCAAACCACAAGAGCAGUGAAGUUCUACACAGUUGCCUGUGACAACAGAACUGCACAGGACAGUCCCAUCUAUCCAGUGGUUCCGGUUCACUUGGAUGGCACAUUUUAGCUCCAGUGCCAGCACUUGGUACCUUCACUCAUCUGCUACUGCCAAGAUCAUAGUAGUGAAGAACCAAUUCCUCUCUGCCCUGCGCAUCAGCACCUGUCCUCGUGAAACCUGUCCCUGACUCUGAAGAGAUCUUUAAUA